AUGUCUAGUCUUCAGUCUGUUGUGGACAUUCCAGAGGAACUAAUUGAAAGUCAUGACCUCACAGUUGACUUUAUUCUAACUCCAACAAGAAUCAUCAAAACUGAAUGCACACACCCCAAACCACAAGGCAUCAUUUGGUCAAAGUUACACACAGAAAUACUGAAGAAAAUACCCAUUCUGAAGAAACUAAGAACAUUGGAGCAGGAAGCUGGGAAAGAUGUUGCUUUAAAGACAACACCUGCUGAAGAGGAUCCAACAAAGAAAUCCAAAGAGCUUAAAUGGCAGCCUAAUUGUCAUCCUAAAGCUUAGCAAUAAUGUGAAUAUUUAGCUUCUGAAGAUAACAGGUGUGCUGGAUUUGAGUGCAAAUUUCCUAAAACUUCUGUCACCACUAUAUCCCUGAGUAACAUUCCAGCUGGGUUACGCGUGAGUGAGUUGAAGAGCUUGCUCAGAGAACAGGAAGCUGUUCCUCUGAGAAUCAGCUGGAAGGGGACAAAGCACAGAGCAUUGCUGUACUCUGAUGACACUGGUGCAGAGCAAGCUCUCACCACUUUUCAAAAGCUCUCCAUUAAUGACCACACCCUAUAUGCUGAAUGUGUCAACAGUCAGGGGCCAAAGACUCUGAGAGGAUACCAAACAGUCUGGUAAAAGACUCCAUGCUCCUAUAGAGGAUAAUGUAUUUAAUCCAGCAUUCUGA